AUGGAUUCGUCUGCCAAUGGAAGUCUGGGCGACGAGAAGGGCGAAGAGGGUCGCGGGACCCCCGUUGGCGCUUCAGGGGGUGUUGCUGUGGGUUUUGCAGGACCGCCAUCUCGUAUGGAGGAAUUGAGUGAAGAAGAAGAAGAAGAGGAUGAGACGGUUGCGACUGCGAGAAAUAUGGAGCUGAAGCUUUCGGCCAUGCGGGACGUAACGUUGACGGAUACAGCCGGUGAUGCGGGGCACAUGGAAGAAGCUCAGACACCGCCCCAGGCGGCCGUUGCAUCGCAGGUGAGUGGACCCUCCUCUUUGGUGAUGGCAUCGCAGUGUGUGUCUCCCGACAAUAUUUUUUGCAGACACUCUAAGCAUGUUUUUGUUUUUACAAGUGCCGGCAAGCCUGUCUUCACACGCCAUGGCGAUGAGGAGGAAUUCACUGAGCUCUUCGGUAUAUUUCGAGUGCUCAUGGCCAUGGCUCAGCAGAGACACGGCGAUGCGGCGGCAGUGCGGCAACGGCAGAAGGAAAAUCUACAUUGCAUCACGGCUGGUGAUCUGUACCUCUACUUUUGCGUGCAUGGGGAGCUCUUCUACGUACUUGUGACGCGCGCGAAUGAGUCCAUGCGAAGCUGCAUGCGGCAGUUACGACAGAUUCAUCUGCAGCUAGUUAGUCUUGUACCCAAUGUGAGCAGUAUUCUCUCUCGCCAUCCUUCGUAUGACCUUCGGCGGCUUAUUUCCUCCACAGACGCCAGUGUUAUACGGCAACUUAUUAGGUGCAAUAGUCAAGAGGAAUGUUAUUUGUUCCGCUGCCUUGCCGCAGCGCCGUUGUCGGUGAGGCGGCGGCGUUCACUGGAGUUCCUCCUUACACAACACCAUGGUACAGCCUUUUCAACCACCAAAUCAAUUGGCGGCGGCGAAGAAAACAGCACUGAAAAUACGGGGCACAGAGCAAUAGCUAAGGAAGCAGAGGCAAAAGAUCAUCUUUACAGCUUUUUAUUUUUUCGGGGCCGUGUGGUGUGUGCCGUGGGGCCAGCGGACUCUGACGCACCACUUCAUGUCGAUGAUGCUCUUUUACUACUUAAUUUUACACGGUGUCUUGCCAAUUCACAGGCAGGGGAAAUAUGGGCGCCGGUUUGUUUGCCCAUGUACAACAACACCGGGUAUCUAUGGUGCUAUUGUGCCAAUAUGAAUGUUAUGGCACGGGACUCUCGACGUGGUCGUGCCGGUCUAACUUCGUUUGGUGACUUGGGGAAUUUAGCGCUAGGGCAGGAAGAAAUUCAAGGGCGAAUUACCGGUGGUCAUGAAACUGAAGGAAGUCUAUGUGAUCCAGCAUACUCGGGAAGCAGGGUCAAGAAAGAUGUCGCCGCAUUGGACCUCCCUUCGGAUGAAACACCAGCGGCGUUCUUAAAGUCCGAGGGGCUUUUGUUGGUACACAUUGCAGCAAGUCAGGAGGCUUUUGUAGCUCUUGCAGAGCAGACAUAUCGAGUGGCAAGUCAGUUAAUGUCGGAAAUUGUUCAAUUGGAGGAGGAACUCUCUCGGUAUGAAAGAAUUGCUUUGUCCCUUGUAACCUCAGAGGCGAGAGUCAAGAAGCAAGCGCAACAGCAACGAUGGCUUAGCUGUGAGACGACACCACCCCUUGCGGCCCACCCCGACUCUAGCAAUGUCACAAGCAACACUUUCUUGUCCCCGUUUAUUCAUCCAGACGGUCUUCAGUGGUUUGCUGCGGUGCUGAGGGGCAAGCCAUACAAGGGAGGUUUCCUUACUCUUGUCUACAGUGAACCUUCACCGGCGAUGCGAUUCAGCGCACACGAACGAAAGCGACUUUUACGGCUUGUAGUGGAACAGCGGGAGAGACUUGUUCAUUGCUCGUGCCUACCUGAGCCACUUGUCUUGAUGCGCAUGAACGAUGUGAACCUUGUUGUUAUGCGCACAACCUCUACCUUCAUCGCAUCGCUCAUGGAGCAAUUUUUCAAAACACGGACGGAUAUUUCUUCGCCAUCCUCUGCUGCGUCUGCGGGCGAUGGUGACGAUUUUAUAACUUCACAAGAGGCUCUCGUUGCGUCCAGUCGUGUGAAGGAACUGAUGCUGUUAUUUUCUCCGCAUGUGUCAAACCCGCAAAUGCUGAGAUGUGCAUUGCGCGUGCUUGUACGGUUGGCGGCCCGUGAAAGUGAACUGUCCUUUUAUCAGUUACGUGGCGUUCGGCGAUGA